UGGGAUUGUGGCUGGGGCAGCAGGUGCUGAGUGCGGGACUCUUGUUGUUUCAGGUGCCGGUGAGCUUCGAGGAGGUGGCUGUGUAUUUCACCCAGGGGCAGGGGGCUCCGCUGGACCCGCUCAGAGAGCCCUCUACAGGGACGUCAUGCAGGAGAACUAUGAGAUGGUGACCUCGCUGGUUCCCCUUUUGCCUGGCACAGGGAACGACUCGCGUCCGGAUUCUCUCUCUGUCCCAGCAGCUGGCAAAAUGGUGAGUGAGAACGGGGAGGAGAAUCCACAGCAGGAAGGCCUUGGGCAAGUGGAACCGUGCGGAGUGUUAUCGGCGACAUCAGAAAGGAACUUUCCCCAGCGUCACGGGUGGGGAAAGGACUCUGGAAGUCAAUGCGGGGCAGAGAGGCAGCUGGGAAACCCGCCAAGGGAGAACGUUGUUCAAUCCAUUCACCGUGCGGGAGGAUGCAGCGAUCUCAAGGAAACCGCAUCCCGGCCGAGACUCCACAACGGAGAGAGAGACAACACGUGCGUGGAGUGCGGGAAAAGCUUUCAUUGGCGCUCGUACCUUAUUAGACAUCAGAGAACCCACACGGGGGAGAAAUCCUAUAAAUGCCUCGACUGUGGGAAAAGUUUCAGUCAGAGCUCGCUUCUCAUUAGACAUCAGCGAACCCACACGGGAGAAAGACCCUAUAAGUGCCUCGAAUGUGGGAAAAGUUUUAGUGACAACUCGCACCUCAUCGCCCAUCACAGAAUCCACACGGGCGAGAGGCCCUACAAAUGCCUUGAGUGCGGGAAAAGUUUCAUCCAGAGCUCCGUUCUUGUGGCCCAUCAGAGAAUCCACACGGGGGAAAGACCCUAUAAAUGCCCCGACUGUGGGGAAAGCUUCAGUCGGACCUCAGAGCUCAUUGUGCAUCACAGAAUCCACACGGGCGAGGAACCCUACAAAUGCCUGGAUUGCGGGAAGACUUUCAAUCGGAACUCCAACUUCGUGGUACAUCAGCGACUGCACACGGGGGAGAGGCCGUGUAAAUGCCGGCACUGUGGGAAACGCUUCAGGCAGAGCUCCAACCUGAUUGCGCAUCAGAGAAUCCACACGGGAGAGAAGCCCUACAACUGCCGAGAAUGUGGGAAAAGCUUCAUUCAGAGCUCCCAGCUCAUUACCCAUCAGAGACUGCACAGGGGGGAGAAACCCUACAAAUGCUCGGACUGUGGGAAAGGUUUCAACCUGAGCUCCAGCCUCAUUAGACAUCAGGGAAUCCACACGGGAGAGAAACCCUAUUACUGCCUUCACUGUGGGAAAAGCUUCGGCCAGAGCUCCCAGCUCAUCGUGCACCAGAGAAUCCACACGGCAGAAAGAAAAAACACAUGCGCCGAAUGUGGGAAAAGCUUCCUUAAGAACGCACACCUUGUUGCGCACCGGAGGAUCCACACGGGAGAAAAACCCUAUCAGUGCCUUGAAUGUGGGAAAAGCUUCAAUCAGCGCUCCCACCUUGUGGCGCAUCAGCGAAUCCACACCAAAGAGAGACCCUAUAAAUGCGGCGAGUGUGGGACAAGCUUUGUUCACAGCUCCCACCUUAUCGUGCAUCAGAGGAACCACAAGGAAGAGAGACCUUAUAAAUGCCUCGAGUGCGGGAAAAGCUUCACUCAGAGCUCGAGCCUGAAUGUGCAUCAGAGAACCCACACGGGAGACGAACCCCAUAAAUGCCUCGACUGUGGGAAAAGCUUCGAUUACCGAUCGCACCUUAUAGUGCAUCAGAGGAUCCACACAGGGGAGAAACCCCAUAAAUGCUUCGUCUGUGGCAGAAGCUUCGUUCACAAAUCAAACCUGAAUGCGCACCAGAGAAUCCACAAGGGAGAGAGACCUUACGAAUGCCUCAACUGUGGGAGAACGUUCCAAUCCAGAUCAAACCUUACCAGGCAUCAGAAACAACACACAGGAGAGAAAUCCUAUACGUGCACUGAGUGUGGGGAGCGGUUUGUUGAGAACUACGGCCUUAUUAAACAUCAGAGAACCCACACGGGGGAAAAACCCUAUAAAUGCUUUGAAUGUGGGAAAAGUUUCAACUGGAGCUCAAACCUGGUUGCACAUCAGAGAACGCACACCGGCGAGAGACCGUAUCAAUGCUUGGACUGCGGGAAAAGCUUCAAUCAGAACUCAAACCUCUUCCAACAUCAGAGGAUCCACAGGGGUGACAAACCCUAUAAAUGCUCGGACUGCGGGAAAAGUUUCAUUCAGAGCUCCGUUCUUAUUACGCACCGGCGAGUCCACACGGGGGAGAGGCCGUAUAGCUGCCUUGUCUGUGGGAAAAACUUCAACUGGAGCUCAGCGCUUACUGCGCAUCAGAGGAUUCACACCGGAGAAAAACCUUAUGAAUGCACCGGCUGUGGGAAAAGUUUCAGCCGGAUCUCCACCCUUGCUAGACACCAGAGGCUGCACACUGGAGAGAAUCCCUCGAAUGUGGAAGAAACAUCAGCUGGGCUCUGAUUGUCUCGUGCAUCAGCAGCUCGACAUAGGGAAGAGACCUCUUAAACACCCUUAGCAAGGAAAAUCCUUCAGGUGGCGUGAAUGCCAUAUUGGACAUCAGAGACUCCUCCACACCGGAGGGAAAAUUGUAUCAGUGCCCAGGUUAGGGCUGGCUAUCGUUUAAAAAACCCAACAUUUCCUCAUUCCCACCCACAUCAGGGGCAUUUGUCUCCCAAGGAUCCAUCUGCCCAUCGCUGGGGUGAGAACCCAGCAGCAGCUGGUCAGUGACCCUCUGGCUCUGCCUGGUCGAAGCAAACCCCAGGCAGAGGAGGAGAAGCCCCGAUCAGCCCCUCCUCCCUGCUGCAGCCCUGGGUGCUGAGCCACAGGUGGGGGAAGGGAGAGAGAGAAACUCCGCCAGCCGUUCCCUCUGCCUGGCUGAAGAUCCCCCCCUCUCCCUUCCCCUCCCAGCCGGGCUCCCCCUGCCAUGGAGAUGAGGAGAAGGACACUUGGGCCAGGCCCCACCUUCACACUAGACACCUGUCCCCAACCCCCAUCUUCCUCUAUGGGCUGGGCUCCCCCACUUACCUGGAGCUGUUCCCUGCAGGGGAAGUGUCCCUGGGGGCUGGUAAUUCCUCCCCUCCCCGAAUCCCCCCAGGGGAUCAACCGUUAAGGGACUGGGAGGGACGGGUGUUGGGCAGGGAA